CUGCGGAUAUUCAUUCAUGGCGGAUCGUGAAGUUGGCAAUUUGAAAGUUGGGUGACGCACUGGCGUUUAGCGUGAUUUUAUUAGACAAUAUUCUUACAUAGGACUUAAAAAUGUUCGUCACGCUGAAAACUUUACAACAACAGACCUUCAAAAUUGAAAUUGACCCAGAAGACUUGGUCAAAAGUUUGAAAGAAAAAAUAGAAAAUGAAAAGGGAAAAGAACAUUUUCCUGCUGGAGGACAGAAGUUGAUCUAUGCAGGAAAGAUUCUCGAUGAUGAAAAGAAAAUAGGCGAAUACAAAAUUGAAGAGAAAAACUUUGUAGUAGUAAUGGUGACAAAGCCCAAACCAGCAGCAGCCAAACCUGCUGAGCCGAGCCCCGCCCCUCCUGUAGCCACCCCGGCCCCAGCCCCUGCUGCAACGGAGGCCCCUAAACCAGCCGAGGAGAAGAAGGAGGAGAAAAUGGAAACUACACAAAGUGAGACAAAAACGGAGGCUCCCCCUGCCUCCACCACCAGUACCUCCACAGCUACCACAGAGACCUCGGGCUCAGAGGCCUCGGGCCAGGUGUCUGCCGAGAGCAUGCUGGUCACCGGCCAGGAGUACGAGAACAUGGUGAUGGAGAUCAUGUCCAUGGGGUUCGAGCGAGACCAGGUGAUUCGAGCACUGAGAGCCAGCUUUAACAAUCCAAACAGAGCCGUCGAGUAUCUGUUCCAGGGAAUCCCUGACACACCAGAACCGGAACCACCUACAGGAGCCCCUGUAGCCCCGGAACAGACCACUCAACAGACCUCCCCAGCCUCCAAUCCCCCCGCCACAGGGGGUGGGUCCUUAUCAAUGCCCGCGGCAGGACAGACAGGAGGAGAGGACCCUUUGUCGUUUUUAAGAAGUCAGCCACAAUUUCAGAGAAUGAGACAAUUGAUACAAGACAACCCCAAUUUCUUACCAGAACUCCUCCGACAGAUAGGCCAGUCUAAUCCUCCUUUAUUACAGAUGAUAAGUCAGAAUCAAGAACGCUUCAUACAGAUGUUGAACGAACCUGCAGAGGGAGGGGAUGUAUCGGAUCAGGCCCAGGGUGGGGGGUUACCUUCUGCUGGGGCACCUCCAGGGAGUGGUAUUAUACAAGUUACACCUUCAGAGAAAGAGGCCAUAGAGAGGCUUAAAGCUUUAGGAUUUUCAGAGGGAAUGUGCAUACAAGCCUAUUUUGCCUGUGAAAGGAAUGAAGAUUUAGCUGCAAAUUUUCUUUUAUCUCAAACAGAGGAUGAUCAGCAAAGUUGAUUUGCUUAAAAUUUGACUGAAGAAAUUUGGGAAUGUAAAACCAUAAUUUUGUUUAUAGAAAAUGUUUCUUUCUUUAAACUGUUAAUGUAUGAGCCAUUAUGUUUCUUAUGUUAUAGUUCUCUGAACACCGAUUUAGACCUGUUGGUUAGUGAAUCAGCAUUUACAAUACUUUGAUUCACUCCAGAUUUUGUCAGCUUCAGCUCUCAUCUUGUGUUGUAUUUUCCCUUUAAAUCAUAGAUUAUUCUUUACCUGUUUCAUAAUCUUACAACAUUUUAAGAUCCAGCAAAGCUGUUUGUAACUUAGCAUGUCACCUAAUUUUCUGUUGGUAAAGGUCUAGAUACUUGCCUUCUUCAUAAGAUAAUAAAGGCUACAUCUGUGACUAAGAUACCUAGAUUUUCUAUUCAAAGAAUUUUAAGUUGUAUCUGAUUACGGUUAUGCACAAUUUUAAGCUGAUUUUGGUACAGGUAAAAGACUAGCUUGUACACAAAAAUCAAAGUUCAAUGCAAUAAAAGAAUGUGUUUAAACUUGCCAAGUACUGAACUAGCAAUGUUAGAUUGAAAGAAAUGCUUUUUAGUUGUACUGGCUCUAAAUUAUUGUAAACCAUACUAAAAAUCUUCAGUUAUUUUAUAUGCAUAUAUGCAUGCAGACUAUGUCUUUUUGGGGUUGUUUGUGCAGAAUUGUACAGCUUUUGACUUUACCCAACACUCAGUUGCUGUAGUUUUGAGAGCAGAGAAGCUUUGACAUUACCAGCUAUAUUGUAACAUGUAAUGUCUCUCAGUUGAUUAUAAUUAAUAAAUGGAUUAAAAAUUG